UCCGAGUCCUCAGGCGGCUAGGGGCGGUGCGGGGCGGAGCCUCGUGUGAGUGGGCUGAGGUCAAGCGUCGCGGUGCUCUCUGGCUGAGGUCGUGUCAGGUUAGGUUAGGUGGUCUCCCGCAACUGGCUGUGGCUGUGACCUCUGGGUGUGAGAAGGAGCCAGCGGAGUUAUUGUGAAGGGGGUGCGGCUCACUUCGUUCCCUCCACCUUCCCUGCGGUAGCCAUGGCGAAAGGUAGAGUCGCCGAACGAUCGCCGAUGGGGGCACUCCAGACGACCCCAGCUGGGGAUCGGGCAGCAGGGACGCGUGGCUCCACAGUGCCAGGCAGCGGAGACCACUUGAAGGAAAAAGCCUGUGCGGAAGCUGGGUCAGCAAGAAUGUCACUUCUUAUAUUGCUGUCCAUUUUCUUAUCUGCAGCUUUUGUCAUGUUUUUGGUGUACAAAAAUUUUCCUCAACUUAGUGAAGAAGAAAGAGUGAAUAUGAAGGUUCCCAGAGAUAUGGAUGAUGCCAAGGCUCUGGGAAAAGUUUUAUCCAAAUAUAAGGACACCUUUUAUGUACAAGUACUUGUAGCUUAUUUUGCUACAUAUAUUUUCUUGCAAACAUUUGCUAUUCCAGGUUCUAUAUUUCUCAGCAUACUCUCAGGGUUUCUUUAUCCCUUUCCUCUAGCCUUGUUUCUUGUUUGUUUGUGUUCUGGACUCGGUGCCUCAUUCUGCUAUAUGCUCUCCUAUUUAGUUGGAAGACCAGUUGUAUACAAAUACCUAACAGAGAAAGCAGUGAAAUGGUCACAGCAGGUUGAACGUCAUAGAGAACAUCUCAUUAACUAUAUUAUAUUUUUGAGAAUAACACCGUUUCUGCCUAAUUGGUUUAUUAAUAUUACAUCUCCUGUGAUAAAUGUGCCAUUGAAAGUGUUUUUUAUUGGCACUUUUCUAGGUGUCGCACCUCCCUCUUUUGUAGCAAUUAAGGCAGGAACAACGUUGUAUCAACUUACAACAGCAGGGGAAGCUGUUUCCUGGAAUUCAGUGUUUGUUCUGAUGAUUUUGGCUCUUCUUUCUAUCCUGCCAGCCAUCUUCCAAAAAAAGCUAAAACAGAAAUUUGAGUGAAAAACCAUCUGGGUUUUAGUGUUCCUAUCAUCAUCAUCAUCAUCAUCAUCAUCAUCAUCAUCUCAGGAUUGACGGGUUUAUGUGUUAAAAUCACCUCUUCAGUAAUUGAAACAAGGAAUUUAUAAAAUAAAAGUUCCUAUCAUACAGUUAAAAUAAUGCAUUUAAGUGGCAAGGGAGAGAAGAAAGAAUGGAAAUUGAUAUACCAUGAAAAGUGCUGUCAGUAGUUAUGAUAGACAUCUUCUAAAUUACUAUUCCAAGGGUAGCCAUAAAUAAUUAGUAACAGCAUCAUAGGAAAUUCUUGACCCCAUUGAUUUAUUCAAUUUAAUAUAUUCAUGAACUGGCUAUAGAAACUUACCCUUGGCUUGAUAUUUUAAUAUUUUUCUCUCUUAUUCCUUGCUAAUAAUUAAAAUAGAUAUACAAAAGUAAAACAACUAGAUUUCUAAAAAUAGUAUUGUACUUCUAGCUAGUGUUAGCCUUUUUUUAGAACAUAGAUUUAAAACUAGUACUUAAAAGAAAUUUACAUCUUCCUCUUUUUACCUUUGAGGUAAUGGACUUAUUUAGAAGUUGCAUCUUAGUGUACUACUGAAUUGGAAAAGGGUAUCAAGUUAUAUCUAUUUGUGUAUUUUGUUUUUCUGUUCCAGAUUAUCAUGGAUUAGUUUGAAAUUUAAAAUUUGACCAGUCUAUUUUCAUUUUUUUCUAGCUUUCACAAUAUUUCUAUUGUGCAUAUACAAAAUGGUGAUUACAUGAUGAUUGCUUCAUAUUGGUUUUGAUAAUUUAUAUUCAGGUAAUAUUUUGUUACACAGUUUCCCUUUGCUAUCUCUGAAGGGGAUCAAAAAACAAACAUUAAUCAUAAACAGUUUUUAGAUGUCAGAUUAAUUAUAUUACUUUAUAUUUUGAAAUAAACAGUGAUCGCAUAACACUUAGGUGGUUAAAUAUAGUUUUUGUUCCAAUGACUGUAAAGUUUACCUUAUUUAUUUAUUAGUCUGGUCAUUAAAGUAUGUAUUAUGUAACUCUCCUUUUUUAAUGCAUGAUAUACUUACAAGAAUGCCUUGUUUCAUUUCUGUAGAUGGCUUUUUUGUCUGGGGCUUCUUCUGCUUAAUGCAGUUUCCCAAUUUAGUGUUUUUUACUUUUUAUAACUCAAAGUAUAAUUAACUUCUCACAAGGAAACUACUAAUUUUAAAUAAUCCUGGAAAAAUGGAACAGCUUUUUGCUGCUUGCUUAAUGGUAAUACACUUGAUUCUAGGAUACAACUGAUUUGAAGCAAAGUACUCUUGUCAGUUUUACCUUCACCCAAGACUGUUGUGUUGAAAAGUACUUCAACUGGGAGAAAUCCGUGUAUCUUAUUGUGAGAGGUAUGAUCAUCCUCAAAGCCUGUUUCUAUUACAUAAUGUGGACUGAUUUAUUAUUUUUUCUAUCACAGUAUUAACAAAUGGAUUUAUUGUAAAUACAAAGAAAAUAUAUUGAUUAAUAUACUAUUCUUGUCA